CGCGCGCAGGCGCACUGGCUUGCACCUGGCUCUCGGCAGCCGCGCAAUUAGGCUUCUCCUGCCAGGAUUUCGGUACAGGCUCUCUCCCGGUGGAAAUGAGUGCUGAAAGGAUUCCGAGGACUGGGGCUGGGCGCAUUGCGGGCUCUGGUCCCUCCUGCUGACGGGCUCCUUCCUCGUCAGGGACAAGGAUGGCAAGGCUGCCUGUGGCUGAGAGCCCUCCUUGGUGCUCCCGGGGCUGAGCAGGGCUAGUUGCCAUGGGGCUGGGCCGGCCCCAGGCCUGGCUGGUGGCCCUGCCCACGGCCAUGGUCUAUGGCUCCCUGGCCCUCUUCACCUCUGUCCUGCACAACGUGUUCCUUCUUUACUAUGUGGACACCUUCGUCUCAGUGUACAAGAUCAACAAAACGGCCUUCUGGGUUGGAGAGACGGUGUUUCUCCUCUGGAACAGCCUCAACGACCCUCUCUUCGGCUGGCUCAGUGACCGCCAGUUCCUCAGCUCCCAGCCUCGGUCAGGCGCCGGGCUCUCCUCAUGGGCCGUGGUACUGGCCCGGGUACGGGCACUGGGCUGGCAUGGGCCCCUGCUGGCGCUCUCGUUCCUGGCAUUCUGGGUGCCCUGGGCCCCCGCUGGCCUGCAGUUCCUGCUGUGCCUGUGCGUCUAUGAUGGCUUCCUGACGCUCGUGGACCUGCAGCACCAUGCUUUGCUGGCCGACCUGGCCCUCUCGGCCCACGACCGCACCCACCUCAACUUCUACUGCUCCCUCUUCAGCGCUGCGGGCUCCCUGUCGGUCUUUGCCUCCUAUGCCUUUUGGAACAAGGAGGACUUCUCUUCCUUCCGCACCUUCUGCGUGGCACUGGCUGCUGGCUCUGCGCUGGGCUUUCUGGGGGCUACACAACUGCUGAGGCGGCGGGUGGAGGCAGCCAGGAGGGACGCGGGGUGCUCAGCGCUGGCCGGGGAUGGCGGUCUGUGCAGAGAGGAGCUGCUAUUCGGUGGCGAGGAAGCAGGCAGCAUCACCUUGGGCCAGUACCUCCGGCAGCUGGCACGCCACCAAAACUUCCUGUGGUUCGUGGGCAUGGAUCUGGUGCAGGUGUUUCAUUGCCACUUCAACAGCAACUUCUUCCCGCUCUUCCUGGAGCACCUGCUGUCGGACCACAUCUCCCUGUCCACCGGCUCCUUCCUGUUGGGCAUCUCCUAUGUUGCUCCUCAUCUCAACAACCUCUACUUCCUGCCCCUGUGCCGGCGCUGGGGCGUCUAUGCCGUAGUGCGGGGGCUCUUCUUGCUCAAGCUGGGCCUUAGCCUGCUCAUGCUGGUGGCCGGCCCGGACCACCCGGGCCUGCUAUGCUUCUUCAUUGCCAGCAACCGUGUCUUCACCGAGGGCACCUGUAAGCUGCUGACGCUGGUGGUCACUGACCUGGUGGAUGAGGACCUGGUGCUGAAUCACCGCAAACAGGCAGCCUCAGCACUCCUCUUUGGCAUGGUUGCCCUGGUGACCAAACCAGGCCAGACCUUUGCCCCACUGCUGGGCACCUGGCUUCUCUGCUUCUACACAGGUCACGACCUCUUCCAGCAGCCCCCAGUGAUCCCCGUGGGCAGCACCCAGCCCUGGCUGGAGCCACCAGCUCCCGCCCCAGCACGGGCCCCAGCGCUGCGCCAGGGCUGCUUCUACCUGCUGGUGCUGGUGCCCAUCACCUGCGCGCUGCUGCAGCUCCUCACCUGGUCCCAGUUCACGCUGCACGGGCGGCGCCUGCACAUGGUCAAGGCCCAGCGCCAGAGCCUGGCACAGGUCCAGACUCUGGACAUUAAGACGGUGUGAGCGACAUGGCGAGGCCGCCCAGCUGGGGAUACUGCCCAGCCCGUCUCUUACUGCCCUGCCUUCCCGGGGUACGACCUGGAGGACAGGUGGCAGACGGGAGCUCCUGAGGCGGAGCUAGGAGUGUCCCUGAGGUCUGCCUGGCUCUGCUAGGCCAGGGCGGGGCUGUCUGUGCUCAGGGACCUGCCUUUCCUACGGGCAGGACAAAAGGGACCUGGGGCUGCAGGGAUGGGGCUGCACCCUGGCUGGGUCUCAGGCCCAGGCACGGCCUGCCUGCGGUGCUUGGCCGCUCUGGUGGCCUCGGGGGCCACUUCUGCACUGCAGCCGCUCCCUUUGCCUGGUCGGGGAAGCGGAGUGUAAGUGCCACCCACUUCCUCCCAUCCUUCCGGUGGCCUCAGACGUCUCCCUGCUCCCGAGCUGUGCCCCCUCUAAGCGUCUUGUUUUGUUACUGAUUAAAGCCAGUCAUUCCUAUCC